AUGCUUACUAUUGAAGAAACUGUGCUAUGGAUGGAACUAGAACAAUCUAAUGACUUUAAGUCCAAAGAGACGAGGAAGGCGCAGGCUGUUGCUGCCGUCCGUCGCAUGCACAUAAAAUUGCUCCAGUUCUGCGCGAAUCAUUCUCGUCGUCUCUUAAUCUCAUCAUCAAUUAAAAUAAUAUCAAGAAAAGAGAUGUCUUGUGUUAUACCAGUGAAGUUUGAGCGUUUGCCAGAAUUAGCUAAACCAACGCACUAUGCCCUGACUCUGUCACCAGACUUUAAAAGUUUCACUUUCCGUGGACAAGAAACGGCUGACAUCGAGGUUAGUUGCAUCAUCAUCAAUAAAAUUUUGAUUAUUGCUUGA